CUCCCCCUUCGCGCCGCCGCUGCCGCGAUGCCCCCCCCUGCGCCCGGGGCCCGGCUCCGGCUCCUCGCCGCCGCCGCCCUGGCCGGCCUGGCCGUCAUCAGCCGAGGGCUGCUGUCCCAGAGCCUGGAGUUCAGCUCUCCUGCUGACAACUACACGGUGUGCGAAGGCGACAACGCCACCCUCAGCUGCUUCAUCGACGAGCAUGUGACCCGAGUGGCCUGGCUGAACCGCUCCAACAUCCUGUACGCGGGCAAUGACCGCUGGACCAGUGACCCACGGGUGCGUCUGCUCAUCAACACGCCCGAGGAGUUCUCCAUCCUCAUCACCCAGGUGGGGCUGGGUGAUGAAGGCCUCUACACCUGCUCCUUCCAGACCCGCCACCAGCCGUACACCACUCAGGUCUACCUCAUUGUGCACGUCCCUGCCCGCAUCGUGAACAUCUCCUCACCUGUGACAGUGAAUGAGGGGGGCAAUGUAAACCUGCUUUGCCUGGCUGUGGGGCGGCCAGAGCCCACGGUCACCUGGAGGCAGCUCCGAGAUGGCUUCACCUCAGAGGGCGAGAUCCUUGAGAUUUCCGACAUCCAGCGGGGCCAGGCUGGGGAAUAUGAGUGCGUGACUCACAACGGGGUCAACUCGGCGCCCGACAGCCGUCGCGUGCUGGUCACAGUCAACUACCCUCCGACCAUCACGGACGUGACCAGCGCCCGCACAGCCCUGGGCCGGGCCGCCCUCCUGCGCUGUGAAGCUAUGGCGGUGCCCCCCGCGGACUUCCAGUGGUACAAGGAUGACAGACUGCUGAGCAGCGGCACGGCGGAGGGCCUGAAGGUGCAGACCGAGCGCACACGCUCUAUGCUUCUCUUCGCCAACGUGAGCACCCGGCAUUACGGCAACUACACGUGUCGCGCCGCCAACCGGCUCGGAGCGUCCAGCGCCUCCAUGCGGCUCCUGCGUGCGUCUGAGCGCCGGCCCAGGGUCCCUGGAGAACUCAGCGCCGAGGCCCCCAGGGCCCCUAACCCUCCUCUCUGCCCUCGGCUGGCUGUGGUGGAGGAUGUAGGAAGAACCCAGUGCAGCUCGCCUCCCCCUGUGGGGGCCUGAGGCUGAAAUCAAGAGAAAAAGGGGGAGCAAGCGGCAUGGGUCUCGAAGGGGUGGAAGAGCUCUCAGACACCGAGGAAGAAGAGAGGAGGAGAAAGAAGAGGAGGGAAAAAGAUCUUUAGAGAACCCAUCACUGUGAGGGAUAACGCAAAAUUAUGCAUCUUUCUACAGCCAUUCUCGCCACCGUUCACAUUUCCGAUUGUGACCCACCCUCCCCACCCCAUCCCUGCCACCCCACACCCCUCUCUUAGCUCAGGCUGUCAACUGGAUCGCAUGUGUAUAGUGAGUGUGUGCGUGUGAGCCUGCACGUGUGUGUAUGUGUGUGGGGGGUGGUUGGGUGGGGUAGGGAAGGAAGUUUGGUAAUCUUCCUUCCUCUACACCCCCACGUCCAUUGCCCCCAACUCUGCUGCCUCUCCCCUCGGGCUGGAGGUAGGUAGUGGGGCUUUGUGGUAGAAGAUGUGAGGGGAAGUUUUCCAAGCUCCCUGCUUUCCCAAUAUAUGCACGCACACUGCCCCCUCCCUUCCCUGCUGAGAGGGUGUCUCCUGGGCUGGUUGGGAGUGGGGAGGAGUGUCGCACUCUCCUGCAAGCUGUCAUUCAGCCUUUGUGAGCAGGUGGGGAAUCUAUCUGGGCUCUGGGCCCCCCUGCUGUCAGCCACCAACUGCCUGUAGCCAGAGGCCCCAUCACUGGCUCAGUGGCCUGAGACCUUCCCACUUUCCCUGUCCCCACUUCCCCAACCCUGGACUUUCUGGCCCUGUCCUGGGCCAAUCGGUGCUUCCAUCCCACUGUCAGGCUGGUGCCUGUGGUCACCUGUCUGUCUCAGUGCUUUGCCCUAUCCCACCUCCACUCCCUUCAGCCACCUGCAGCACCAACCAGCUGCCCUCAGCGCCCCUGCAGCCAGCUCACACCUGUGGGCUUGCUGGUCUACUACUCCCUGGCCUCUCACCAACUGUACCUCCCAAAGACUGACCUGACUGCCCUCACACACACUCAGACAGACACACACACACACACACACACACACACCAGCGACUGACCAGCAAUAGCCCCCUGGCUCCAGCUGUCCUGUAGCCAGUGACCAGCUGUCAUUCCCCCAAGGGUGGGCAACUGUUGUUAGGAGGGGACACGGAGAGCCUCAGCCCUGAUUGUAGGAAUACCCCACCCUGGCACACCACAUCACGCAAAGUGGAGGGGAGGCCUCACACAGACAUCCCGAGCCCAGACCAAGAUGCCAAGUCAUCAGCUCCAACUCCCUGGAGACCCUCUAUAAAUACCCACCCCAAACCACACCACCCAGAGCUUGGGAGGCGGGGGGAAGAGGGCAGAGCAGAGGCGGAGGGCAAGGGGCAGUGACUGUACCUCAGACAGGGGCGUGGGCCCCAUCCCACAUUGUCUUCCAUUCCCAGGGUCCAGG